CCGCCCGCGGGGCCGGCCCAGCCAAUGGGCGCUGGGGUGGGGCGGGGGAGGUCCGCGUGCGCGGAGGGAUCUGGCGUCCGGAUUUGGUUGUAUGAAAUUAGAAUUUUCAUACAUGACGGCUGGAAACUGGUGUUAAACAGAAAAAUGGAUGAUGAUGAUGAUGACAUUCCCCAGCUUUCAUCCCAUACGUUGGCUGCCCUCCAGGAGUUCUAUUUGGAACAGCAGCAGAGAGAGGGCAUGAAGACCUCCCAAGGGUUUAAUCAAUAUUCCGUUGGCUCAAUAGAAGAAGACUGGCAACUGAGCCAGUUUUGGUACAGUGAUGAAACUGCAUCAUGCCUGGCUAAUGAAGCGGUUGUGGCAGCUGGAAAAGGUGGCAGGAUAGCAUGUGUUAGUGCUCCAAGUGUGUACCAGAAACUGAAAGAACAGGAUGGUAAAGAUUUUUCAGUGUGUAUACUGGAGUACGACAGAAGGUUUUCUGUAUAUGGAGAAGAAUUUAUCUUCUAUGAUUACAACCACCCUUUGAACUUACCUGAAAAUCUCCUGCCACACAGUUUUGAUAUCGUAAUAGCAGAUCCACCCUAUCUGUCUGAGGAGUGUCUUCAAAAAACUGCAGAGACCAUCAAAUACUUAACAAAAGGAAAGAUUCUGCUUUGCACAGGUGCAAUCAUGGAGGAGCAUGCAGCAAAGCAUCUUGGUGUGAAGAUAUGCAGGUUUAUUCCAAAACACUCACGAAAUUUAGCCAAUGAAUUUCGUUGUUACGUGAACUAUGCUUCUGGACUGGAUUGAUUCUCAUAAGAGCUACAACUUUUUCAGUCAAGCUCCUUUCUGGUUUUUAGCCGUGACUCCACAUUUCUCAAUGCUGAAAUACUCAGCCCCAAGUACUGUUUUCUGGGCUAGCUUUAAUCAACGCAGUGCGACAGCCUCUGUCUUUUAAAGGUCUACGCAUUUGCAGUUACUGUGUUUUUUAUCUGACCUAUGAGGUAAAUGGGGACCAAACAAUGCAGGUGCUGGAUAAUGGGAACUUCUCUGUUACAGAGUUUCAUUCUAACUGUUAUUUUUUUACCAUUCAAGGACUCUUCCCUGAUCUUUUUGAAGUGAUUUUAGCUGGUUGGCUUAUAACAACACAUAGGUGCUUGCCUCACAGACAUCAGAAUUGUCAUUGCAUCACAACUGAUGAAUUGAUAGCUAGUGGAUGGUUGAAAGAGCAUGAAUAGUGGUCUCUUUUCAAUCUUGAGAGAUGCUCCCACAGUAAAAGGACUGAGAGAUGUUUGUUCUGAAAGUGUUGUGUUUUCACGUUCAUAAUCCAGUAGACUGAUGUUUUUAUAAAGGAUAACUAGAAGAGAAAAUAGGUCUCCUUCUGGGGAGGCCUCUGCAGUUGCUUUUAAUAAUAAUCAGAACUAUCUACCAGCUGCCAAGUAAGAUAAGACUUGCUAUCCACUCUUGUUGCCAGACUGGCUUUUUAAAAACUUGUGGUUAUUGUUUCACCUUUUCUCUGAAGCCUUGUCACAAACCCAGACUUUCUUUCUGUAAAAGAUGAGAUCUAUUUUGUCAUCACUUACCACCAUAUAAACUCGUGUAUGUAUGCUGUACUAAAGUAACACAGGUUGUUAAACAUCUCUUUGCAGAAGUACAGUGCAUUUAUUUUGUGAUGGUUAUGUGUUAGCGCAGCAGAAAAUCACGAGCUUUUUAAAAACCACUCAGCUAGGCUCUUGUAUUUACUAGUUAAGCUAAUCUCCAGAGGUGCUAUAAACCUGAUGUCUCCUUGAAAAAAGCACAAUAAGGAUUUCCCCAUUAGAGAGACCUUUACUUUCAUUAAGAAUCCUGUACAUUAGAGAGGCCAAAUCACCUGAAAUACAAAGUAAUUACUGAAUAAAUAUGUAACACAUCA